AUGGCCACUGAAAUCUCACAUUCCGCCUCGAUGCCGGUGAUUAGUGUUUCACAGGUGAGGACUUUUUUAUUUAUUCCUAGGGGCAAAAAAGUUGCGACUUGCUUCCAGAAAAUUCCCGGUUUAUUUUUAGACCAAAAUAUUGAUGUUUCGCGCAGAUACCGCUAAAAAUACAGCCUUUGAGACAAAUUUAAUAAACACGUGAUAAAAAAAUCUAAAGUAGCCAGCAUGAUACUUGAUUUCACAAUUUUUUGAAUAUCGUUGAACUCUUUCUCUGUUUUCUUGUCUUCGUAGUAACCAGAAACACGGAAAUUUUGUAACCAAGGAAUGAUAAACGAUUCUCUCUCAUUCUAACGCUUGCGGGAAGUAGGCAUGAGACUUAAGAAAAUAUUUCUGAACUUUAUUUCGUGUAUUCGGCCGGCUGACAAAGGAAAAAAAGAAAAAUGUGAAUGUCAGUGUUUGGUAAGACAUAUAGACUAGAUAAAAACUGCAGGGGAUGUUCAAAAUAUUUCUUGUAGAUUAUAAAUGUUAUAUUAUAUGCAUGAUUGCUUUCAGCCGAUUGCUCGGCCAUCGCAACCGACCCACAGCGUGUCGACUGCCCAUUUCUCCGGCAUCGACCAAUUUCCCCUGCCUUCGAGUAGACAGCUAACGGACUGGAAGGAGGAGGACGACGGAUGUGACGAAGAACAGGAAUUCGACUUUACACCCGAACAGGAGAUCUUGCAGAAGAAAAAACGUAAGUGUGCUGAGUAUCAACUGAUUUUAGAAUUUGAAAAAAGAAUGUUGAAAGGACUUAGUUUUGACUAUUGAAAAUUUAAAAAUGUUUUAAAACCUUUUGCCAAUACAAUUGACCAUGUUUCAGGCAAACCCUCCAAAUGCCAAACCAGCAACUUCCUUGAAGUUGAGGGCACCCUUACCCAUGGUUCGUCCACAUCGUCCAUGCUGGAGGAAGCCGAAAACGAUGAAGACACCAUGAUCAAUGCUUUAGAUGAACUGGACAAAGAGGACGUGGAAGAAUACAGUCAUAGUGAGCACGUUAAGAACGAUCCGGAAUCCAAACAGAAUCAUUAA